GGUCACACCUUCCGCAGUACUGCGGCGUUACAGCACAAACAGCGCCUUCCGGGUUCAGUCUUUAUUUGAACCCUUUUUAGAACUGAAACUAAUUCAGUCUUAGCGUCGGGAACUUAUCCAUAGACAGCAUUUUCGGUGCUGUGUUUGACUCGUUACAGGGAAAGCGUGUUUGAGAGGGAGGAGGAGGAGGAGGAGGAGGAGUAGUUGUUCUCUCGGUCAUCUCAUUUCCUCCUCCUUACUCACUUCAUACGGAAACAUGGUGCAUCGGCAGGUGCGGAUCUGAUUCACUAUCCGCUUGUUUUCUUCUUCACAGCUACACCAUGGACAAAGUACAAUCCGUGGACUAAUUGAUCAGAAUUUUUAUUUUUUUUUAUUUUUUAUUUUUUGUAAAUCUUGUUCAUUUUCUGGUUUCGCUUCUCCUGUUCCUUUGGCGCUUUAGCUUAGCUUUAUCGGCUGCAUCCCUGUUCCACCGGUCCUCCCAAAAAAAAAAAAAAAAAAAAAAAAAAAAAAAAAGGCCACAGCGAUGCGGACUUUAUUACAGCCUUGAUUUCUUGGGGAAAAAACAACAACAACAAACAUUUUCGCUGUAGUGAAGGAAAGGAGCUUUGUAUUUGUAUGGACCUAACGGAUAGCUAGUGGCCGCUACUCAGAGCAAAGAAAAAUGCUGAAUUCGAGGCGGCUGUUGCGGCUUUCUAACCGCUCCUUCUUGGCCUUCAUUUUUUUCUUCUCCAUGUCUACGACCUGCCUCUACUUCAUUUAUGUGGCCCCUGGAAUAGCCAACACAUACUUCUUCAUGGUGCAGGCUCAGGGUAUCAUGAUCCGUGAUAACGUGCGGACAAUUGGCCAGAUAAUCAGAUCAUACACCAAUAAGAACAGCACUCUUAAUGGCACAGAUUAUCCAGACGGGAAUAACUCCAGUGAAUAUUUUGCUCAACCGACUACAUACCUCCCUGAAAAUUUCACCUAUGCCCAGAACUUGCCCUGCCCUGAACGCUUACCUUCUAUGAAGGGUCCUAUAGAUAUAAAUAUGACUGAGGUUCCUAUAGAGGAGGUUGAAUGGCAGCUUCGAAAGAUGGGCAUGCAGUUUGGAGGACACUGGAAGCCCAAGGACUGCAGACCACACUGGAAGGUGGCUGUUCUGAUCCCCUUUAGGAAUCGUCAUGAACAUCUCCCUAUUCUGUUCCAGCACCUCGCCCCUAUGCUUCAACGGCAGCGCUUACAGUUUGCUUUUUAUGUGAUCGAGCAGGCAGGUACUCAGCCUUUUAACCGAGCCAUGCUGUUUAACGUGGGCUUCAAGGAGGCUAUGAAAGAUCUGGAGUGGGACUGUGUGGUUUUUCAUGAUGUCGAUCAUAUCCCUGAAAAUGACCGGAAUUAUUACGGCUGUGGGCAGAUGCCACGUCACUUUGCUAAAAAGCUUGACAAGUACAUGUACCUUCUGCCCUACAAUGAGUUCUUUGGAGGAGUGAGUGGACUUACAGUCGAGCAGUUCCGCAAGAUCAACGGCUUUCCCAAUGCAUUCUGGGGCUGGGGAGGGGAAGAUGAUGACCUCUGGAACAGAGUGCACUUUGCUGGCUUUAACGUGACCCGACCUGAAGGAGAUCUUGGCAAAUACAAAUCAAUUCCUCAUCACCACCGAGGAGAAGUGCAGUUUCUGGGAAGGUACAAGCUGCUAAGGUAUUCUAAAGAAAGGCAAUAUUUGGAUGGUCUAAAUAAUCUCCAGUAUUCUCCAGAAAUCUCUUUAAGUAGUCUGUAUAAGAACAUCACUGUUAACCUGAGCCCUGAGCUUGCUCCCAUAGUGGAGUACUGACGUCCGCCUCUCCAUCCACCCCACCUGGCUACAAGUACCCGAAGACCACCAACCCAACAUCAUGGAGAAUAGCGCGGCCUGAACAUCGCACACGGCCCCAAAGAAACCUUAAAACCAAUAGACAAAUGGUUAAAGGCCUACAGUGAAUACUACAAUGAUUGUGUGUGUGAAGUGCGUAUGUGAUGUCAUACUUAUGUUUUUGUGAGUGUGAGCGUCCCAAUGCAUGUCUCUAUGUUUAUGCAGCUUUAGCUACUCAAAUCAUGCUACAAAAACAAGGAAGAAGGAGAAAUCGGGGCGUGUCAGUGUCAACAAUUUGAAAUGUUUACUGCGAAGCCUUAACUGAUUUUCAUAGGCUGUUAUCACUCUGAGUGUCAGUUCUAAUCCAUGCCAACAAUGUAGACCGCUCAGUUUUACAACUCAACAGCAACCUAAAUGCCAAUAGAUAUUUUAUGGCACGUUUUUGUAUCAUAUAGUAUAAUUUUAAGGCAUAUGAGGAUUUAUGUAUGUACUGUAAAUGGUCUUUUAUGGCCUUCCUUAUUUAUUAUCAUUUUUUGUUUGUUUGUUUUCUCGAGAUGUACUUUGGAGCACUCCAGUGGUGUGUGUAAUGUGAGUGUCACGUUUUUCUGUUCAUUUGCGGGCUGUGAGUGCACGGAGGAUCACGACUGCUCACUCGAUCCUGUAAUGUCAGUGUCAAUUCCAGUGCACAUUCUCUUACUUUGGCAGCUAACUGUCUUUUCAUAACACCCACCCCCCCCUUACACACACCUUUCCUUACACAAAUAGAUGCUUCAAUUUUAGAAUCUAAAGACAAAUGGAAGCGGGAUAUGUGGUUUAUUAAGCAAAACACCAAUAUCAAACAGCAUGCCUUACUUUUUUGCCAGAUUUAUUUUUUUUUUCCUUUCUUCUUGUAUAUUGUUUAUUGGUUCUUUUUUGUGCACUGCAACAACGGAAGGGAAGAGAUUUAUAUCUUUUAUGUAUGGAAGAGAAAAUGUUGCUGGUCAUUCACGCUACGAAUUGCUGAGCAGUCAGAUACACAGCUGCUAAAUGCUAAAAUACAGUGUGUGUGUGUGUGUAUGUGUGUGUAUGAGAGAGAGAGAGAGAGAGAGAAUAAUCCUCCAGCUGUGCUUACGAAGUACCUUGUACUUGUCUUAAAAUAAGUUGGGCCUGGAUGAGAGAGUGAUGUUACUCUUGAAUGGCACAAGAAUAGAGUUAUGGGGCAAUGAAAACUUUAUGCUGUUAAAGUUUUGAGCUGUAGGUUGGUUGUGUUUUUCUUUGUAUGUUGAUUGCCUUUGUAUAUAAAACCUCAUGUUGAAGAUAAUGUAUCAUAUUUGGUUUAUCUUUUUUUUGUUAUUGUUUUUCCUUUCUUUUUUUUGCUCAUGAUCUACUUUGUUAAUUUAUUUCUGUUCUAUGUAGAAAACUGGUAGUGUGUGUUUGUGUGCGCGCGCGCAUGCGUGUGUGUGUUGGACAUGUGUGUGUAUACUUGGAGAAGCAUGUAUCCUGUUCCACUGAGGUCAAAGCAUAUCAGCAGUGUUGUUUAUGGCACUAGCUUUUCUUUCCCCCUGUAGUCCUGAUGUGCUCGGAGCACUGAUCUAGAAGUGAUCUACAAUCAUGAAGCAUGCUGAUGCUCGGGGUAAUUCCCUGUUUCACAGCUUGCACAGGUUCAUGUAAUGUACUCCGAUCUUUUGAGGGUGCCCUUAUGUGGGCAGUUCUUGGGUGUUCAUGCAAAGUGUGUUUCUCCUCUCAGACUAGGCUGAGCUAUUGCUCUGAAAUGAUUAGUGUGCUGAACCAUGCAUGUGUACUCUGUAGACCCAAAUUUCUUGUUUACAGAUUUAUUUACGUCAACUUUCAGAUUAAAGUCUGUUAGAUCAGGUGUAGUUGCUAGGGUUAGAGGCUAUGUGAACAUAGUUUCCCAGUGGGAGGAACCUUGAAAGCAUAUUUUUGAAGUGGGCUUUAAGAAGUGAAGGAGAUUAGAGGUGCCAAAUUCCCAUUGUGCCCCUGCGUGAAAACGUUUCCUUCACUUUCUUCUUUUUCUGCAUUCUUAUUGCAUAAAGCUUCAUAUUUUCACCACUGCCGUGGUCUUAAAAUCGAGGUCGAUUUUGGUUCUUAAGGGAUUUCUGUCUGAGAGUGAUAUUGGCUUCUGAAAAAAAAGUUUAGUUUGGCCCAACAUAAACAGUACAUAACUAAUAACUAAACAUCAGUCUCUGCACCUAAAUGCAACCCAUGUUCAUUGUAACGAAUAAACUCUCAACCCCUUAAGCCGUGUGGAUGGAGAACUGAGUUUGAUUCAAUCGUCAUGUCACGUUGUCAUGGCAACAUGUUCUAAGUGACUGACAGUAUUCAGAGAUGGACGUUGGUCAUACAGUGAGCAACAGUAUUUCAUUCAGAUACAAGAGAUCCUGCAUUGUCACAUUGCAACACAAUGUGUGCAGCACUUUGGUCUGGUCUGAAAAAUGAUUCUGUUCAUUUUCAGUCCUUUCAUGCAUAAAUGUAGUGAACUUUCAUCUAGAGCACCAAAUCUCAAGUGUUAAACUAAGCACCUUUAGCAAAAGGUGCUCACAACGUGCAAAGUGUGACAUUUUGUUAUUAAGCUACAAAGAAACUAAAGCUAAAAUUCAUCAUAGAUGAUCCAUGGCAAACCAAUAAAACGAGAGAAGGUUUCCCAGCUCACGAGCUGUUUAUGCCUUCGGUCUUGGACUUGUGUUACUAAUCAGGUUUUUGCUUCCAAGUUUGUCAUGUCCAAAGUUGUAUUACUGGAGUCAUUUUCAGGGGCAAAUAUAUGAACCCAUGAGCCAUUUGUAAGAAUUUCAAAACAAUGUCGCACCUCAUUCCUUCAUGUGUCUGAAACGAUUAAAAAAUACUGACUUUGAAAAAAUCUGUAUCCCCACCCCCCAUCACCAGUCAUAUCAGUGUUGCAGUAUUCAUGUUUGUGCCUUUUCUUUACAUAUUUACAUUCAUGAUUGACAGUUGCAGUGAGGUGGCUGUUUUUGGAAAUGAAAAUGUAGAGUGCACACUUUUUUUUUUUUUCUCCUUUUUUUUUUUUUUUUAACAAGUUAUAUCAUUUUAAUCUGGAUUUAAACACGUGGUCUUCUAAAAGGUUUAACAACGAAUCAACUGGAGCAGAAAGCCGAGGCGACCCUUUCCUUUGUGUCUUACUAGUUUUUUCAGGGUCCAUAAUUUCUACAACGCUCUUUUUGGAAACUGGAUGAGAGACUGGAUGCUUUCACUAAUGUGUACAAUCCUGAUGUUAUUUUUUUUAUUUAUUUAUUUAUCCUGUUUUCUCUCUCUUUUUUUUCCCCCCGGUUUCUUCACUGUGUUACCGGUUUGCUUACUGCGUUACACUCUGCAAUGACCAUUAAAAGAGUUUAUAGUUGAAAACCUA